CCACAACUUGUCCAAGUACAUUCAACAUGCCUCGUUUCGUCACUGGUGAUUCCUUAGGAAACAUCAAGUCCUUGGAAUACUCUGUUUCUGGAAAAAAGACAGAGUUGACUCUGCUCUCCGAGGGCCCCCAAAAGUCUGAAGAAAGGUCAAAUCCUAUCCAAGUUUUGGCCGUUGACUACAAACCGGAAUCAGCAGUGGUGGCCGCUGCGUAUGGAGAUGGAUCUGCCUCCACAUACUCCCUAGAGGAUUACACUCUCACCCCAUUGCACCACUGGACGGAGAACCGUCUGAAAGCAAAUCAAAAAUAUGUUGGAUUGUCUAUAGCGUCCCAGGGAAUAUUUACCUGCACAUCAAAUGGAGCUCUGAGAAUGACACCACGUUUUAGCGCAGAAAGCGAAGCUCGUGCCGAAUCACGUAUUGCACUUCUCCCUACCCGACUUCAUUCAUGGAAAUUAGCAGUGGAUCAAGAAACCUUUGCUUAUGGCGGUGACGAAGUUGACCUAUCAUUAUGGAAUACUGAACAAGCGCUCCAGCAACUUUCUACCGCAGAUGUUACCUCUAAAAAGAGGAAACGUAAUGUUGACCUCUUCCCUGGUGAAAUAUGGCGAGCCAAAAAUGUCUCUAAUGAUUCGCUUAGUCUGCGACAGCCCAUACGAGUCACUUCCCUGGCAUAUUUAUCUGCAGAAUCCCCGCAUCAUUUACUGGUCGGAACUCAGCUUGGGCAUUUAAGACGAUACGACACGCGAGCGGCCCGUCGGCCUGUAGCCGAUUGGACAGGCAUAGUUAAAGCCGGAGGCGUUCAAACAGUGGAGAAAGGGUUCUCAGACAAUGAGGCUUUUGUCAGCGAUAACGGGAACAGCAUGUUUUCAGUUGAUCUUCGCACCGGCCGCGUGCUUUACGGUUAUCACGGGCUAUCAGGUACAGUUUCAUCAAUAGCCCCCUCGCCUGCUGUACUAGCAUCGGCAUCCUUGGACCGAUAUUUUCGAUUGCACAGCACCGUACCGCCGCCUUCUGAAAUUGGUCGAAACUCUGAGGACAAAGGACAGAUUUUGGACAAGGUUUAUUCGAAAAGUAUACCCACUGUUGUUGUUUGGGAUGGAGAUACGACCGACGCGUCAAAAGCGGAUGCAUCUGCUGGCAAUGAAGACGAUGCUGUCUGGGAUGCCAUGGAAAACAUCGGUGAACGUGAUGAUGAUAGUGACAGUGAGCUCAACGAGCUCAACGAUAAAAGGCGACGAAAAGUAUCACGCAACUGAAGCGCAUAUUACCACACUGUGUAUAAAGAGCAUCUGUAGAUCGUCGAUUUAACAUCGUGUGGCUCAUUCACAAGCUUUUCCCAUUUCGAGGAAAUCCAGAAUACUAGCAUUCAGCCAAAAGUUGAAUUCUUAGAAUCGGCGCUAAUUUUA